AGGUUGGUUUGCCCUUGACAAUAUCAGACAUACUUAUGCAGGCGUCCAGUACACACAACACAUUGUCGUCAAUCAACGAGAAGUCAAAAUAUACACACUUCUUGGUUAAGUAAUUAUUUUCACAACAUAAACAUGGAAGUAGUACCAAAAGAAACUCUUCGCGAAAAAAUCCACGCAAUACUUAAGAAUGCCAACCUUGAGCAGACUUCAUCGAAAAAGGUGCGUCAAACACUGGAAGGCAUGUUCAAAUGUGAUUUCACAGAUCGACGAAAGGAGAUUGAUAAAAUGGUGAUGGACUACGUCAAUUCGAUACAGAACGACGAAGAAAGUGAAUCGAGCGAGGAAGAGACAAAGAAAAAAUCACCACCGAAAAAAGCGGCGAAAAAACGCAAGACAGACAGUGACAGUGAUGCCAGUUCAAACAAUGACUCAGGUGAUGAUUACAAACCCGAAAAGCCUGCACCACGAGCAAAGAAAGCGAAAAAAGCGGACAAAACGGAAGCUGGCGCCAAAAAGAAGGGCACUGGCAGAAAAGGCACUGGAUUCACACGACCAUAUCAAUUGUCACCGCAGCUGGCCGCUGUCGUUGGUUCCGACAUGCUACCACGUCAUGAGGUAGUGAAACGUGUCUGGGCCAUCAUCAACGAACGCAAUCUCUACGAUCCGAAAAACAAACAGUUCGCCAUUUGUGACAGUCAACUGCAAACCGUUAUGGGCGUCAAGAGAUUCCGUACAUUUGCUAUGUUAAAGUACCUCAAAUCGCAUUUCCUCGGCUAAUUUACGCAACGUUAUACGUUCACAUUUCAUCGAUUAUGUUUUUUUUACACGAUUUCUUUUUUGUACACAUACAAUAAUAAUCGGAAGAAACAAAUCUAGUGCUAUACUGAAUAAUAGAAAGAUACGAUUAUUUUUAAGGAUCACAGUGUUGAUGGACACUAAAAAGAAUUGUCAAUUUGCACACAAUUUUCGGUCGUUGUUUUUUUUUUUUUAAAUCAUCACUGCUUGAGCACAGCAAGACGUACAUUAUAAGGUUUUGGACUUCCAUCGAAAGAGAUGGUGAAUACAAGUUAUAUAUAUCCAUCUUUCUUUCUCCUCGAAAUCGAAUUAAAAACCUUAUAAUAUAUGUCUUGUUAACUCCCUGUGUGCUUGAGUUUAAAUCAUUUUUGCUGCACAAGCAAAAAAUAAAAUUUUGAAGAGAGAAAAAAAAGAAGUAUUUUUAUAAUCACACCACCGUCAGUUACAUUCACUGGAUAUCCAUUUCGAUGGGUCUGAUCAAAACAACCGAAAACCGCGUGCAAAUAGACAGUAACUAAAGUUGGUUAAUCUUCUUAAUGUUACAAACAACCGAAUAGUUUUCCAAUUCCUCUCAACAUCGAAUUGCUAACCAGAAGGGGAAAAAACAAGCAAACAAACCGAGAACAUUCAUAAUAAUGAUGAACUGAUAAUUAUCGCGAACUUUCUAGUACAACGGGCACCAACCAAAUCAUCAUAAAUUUAUUUGUAGUAAAAACAUUUUAGUUAAUAAUUUAAAUUCACCAUUUUCUAAGCAAUUAACGGGAUAUUCUAUGUUGAUGACAAAACACGAUUGAUGCGCCAUGGAGCCGAUUAAUAUCUAAAUUGAAACAGAAACCCAAUACAAAUAUCAUCAAUAGAACCAGAUUAAAUAGACUCGACCAUAUUUUGUUCUUUUUUUUUAGAUUAGAAAUAACAUUUUGCGUUUUUUUUUUGUUAUUUUUUUUAUAUGAUGCAUUUUUUCAACUAUUUCGAAAUUUAAAAUAAAAAAAUAACAACAACAACAAACAAACUAUAAAUAAAGUGAAGAAUUUUGCGAAAAA